UUUAUUGUCAGACAGGCUAACGCGUUUUAUUCAGUCCGAAAUUGUUUUACAAAACACAACAAAAAAAUUAUCAGUACAAAUUUUAAAUUUUGAGCAGAAAUAUUUUGGUCUUAAGCAAAAUUUAAUGUUUCAACGUUAUACAGAACUUAAAUACCAACACGCCAUAUCUUUAAUUAGAGGCUUCUAUUCGGACUUCGAGGAGAUGCUGCCACGCCAUCAAUCAGCCCCGGAGCUUCCAAAUCGUGCUGGUGCAGGUGCAGCUGCUGGUGCAGCAGCUCCACACCCAAACCCGAACCAAGGCCCAGGGGCAGGGACAGGCCACCUAGAACUUGUCCCCAAGCCAGACUCAGUGGCACUCGUGCAAUUAAACAGGCAACCAAAUCCGAAUCCUGCCGCCGGUGAGAGUCAGGAACAGCUCCAGGAGGGGGCUGUGGUGCGAGCGGAAAGUUCUCUGGAGGGGCCUCUGGCCGACUAUUAUGUGUCGCUGCUGGAGUGCCCCGUUUGCUUCGGUUACAUAAUGCCACCGAUCAUGCAGUGCUCGAGAGGCCAUUUGAUCUGCUCGUCGUGCAGGCACAAGCUAACCCUGUGCCCCGUGUGCCGCGUGCCGAUGAGCAACAUCCGUAACCUGGCAAUGGAGAAUGUCGCCUCAAAGCUGUUCUUCCCCUGCAAGCACUCGCACUACGGCUGCAAGCUCAUUAUGACUUAUUCGGAGAAGAAGCUGCACGAGGAUGACUGCGAAUUCCGUCCCUUCUUUUGCCCCUAUCCGGACGACAAGUGCGUGUGGCAGGGUCCGCUCAAGGAUGUCUUCGGCCACCUGGUUGCAACGCACGAGAAUGUCAUCACGAUGGAGGGUCACGACAUCAUCUUCCUGGCCACCAACGUGAAUCUGGAGGGCGCCCUCGACUGGACAAUGGUGCAGUCCUGCCACGGCCGCCACUUUUUGCUCUCGCUGGAGAAGAUCCAUCUGGGCGAGGGCUGUCAGCAGUACUUUGCCGCCUGCCGCAUGAUCGGCACAAUGCGCGAUGCCGCCGAAUUCGACUACAGCAUCUCGCUGGAUGCCAACAAUCGCACCCUUCGCUGGCAGUCCAAGCCUCGGUCCAUCCGCGAGAGCUUCGUAACGUUCACCAAUGCGGACUUUUUGGUGCUUAACAAGUCCACCGUGGAGCUGUUCUCCGAGGAUGGCAACUUGGCCCUGAACGUAAUCAUCUCGCCGACUGAAGCGGACAGUCAAUAGGCGACACACAGAACCCGAACCCGAAGCCGACCCAAGCCCCCGACCCUACUCUACCUUUGGCGUUUGUCUCCGCAUCCGAAAUUAGAAGGCGUAUUUGUAUGGUACAUAAAAAUUAUACUAGCAUGGAAAACCAAACCA